UCUCACUGUCUGUACUGUAUCUCACCAUGCCUCCUCAUCAGCUCAAUGUCAUAGAGACCAGCCACGUCUCUCCACCACGAGGCUCGGCCCCAUCUGUCACUCUUCCGCUCACGUUCUUUGACGUACCAUGGCUCACUCUCCCCCUCGUACAGUCCGUCUUCUUCUACUCUUACAAUGACUCGACAGCUCAAUUUUUGUCCGACACCCUUCCUAUCCUCAAACACUCUCUGUCCCUCACUCUUCAGCAUUUUUACCCAUUUGCUGGCGCCCUGAUCUGUCCACCCCGCCCUGAACCUCCUUAUCUCCGCUUCAUCGACGGCCAAGACUCUCUCCUUUUCACCGUUGCGGAAUCAACAGAACACAAUUUCGAACAUCUCAAAGCUGAUUACCCUAAAGAUGUCAGACUCUUACAUGACUUGCUGCCUAAGUUACCCCCUGCCAUUGAGAUCGCUCCCGAGAGAGUUCUGAAACGCCCCGUCAUGGCAAUUCAAGUCACUGUUUUUCCAAACACCGGAAUCUGCAUAGGGAAAACACAAAGUCAUGUGUCCAGUGAUGGAGUCUCGGCGAUGCAUUUCAUCAAGUACUGGACGUCAAUGUGCAAGAGCAUGACAGUAGACAGAGAUUCGCUUCACCGUCUCUCGCUUCCACCACCAAACCUCACCAGCAGAGCUGCGAUCAAAGAUCCUGCCGACAUAAUCAAAGGGCACUUAGAGCGUUUCUGGAGCAUCAAAUCUGAAAACGGUGACAGACAUGACACUAUUGAUCGUCCGAGGAACAUGGUCCGAGCUACGUUUUCAAUGAGCCGAGCCCAGAUCGAGAAUCUUAAACAAUGGGUUCACGAACGGUCAGCAAAUCAAUCGCCCGUGUCGAGCUUCGUGGUGACUGUGGCAUUUACCUGGGCUUGCCUAAUCAAAUCGCUCAUGGACGACGCAGACAAAGAACAGGGAAACGAUGAGACCUUUCGAUUGCUCAACAACGUGGAUUGCCGAAACAGACUGAAAUGCGACGAACAUAUACCAUCCACGUACUUCGGAAACUGCAUGGCGCCAGGGAUUGUAUCCGUGAAGAAACGUGACCUGCUCGGAGAAAACGGCGUUAUGGAAGCCGCAAAAGCAAUAGCGGGUCAGAUAAAGGAAAUGCUAUCGAGCGACAUUCUGAGAACGGCACCAACAUGGUCGGGAGAGGUACGCAAAUGGGUAAUGACGCGAUUUAAGAUGUCGGUGGCAGGGGCUCCGCAGCUGCGGAUGUACGACAUGGAUUUCGGAAUAGGGAAGCCCUGUAAAGUGGAGAUAGUGCAUGUAGAGUCUGGCGAUUCAUUUGCACUCUUGAACUCGAGAGAAGGUCGUGAUGGGAUUGAGAUCGAAAUAGCACUAGCUAAUGACAGGAUGGAAGCUUUCACUAAGCAGUUCGACGAGGGAAUCAAGAUUUUUACCCAGAGGAACUUUGGACUUCUCAACAUAUAAGCCAUGACAAUGGUGACCUCACAGAAAAACACAAGCAAUCUCUUGAAUUACCCUUUAAUUUACAUUGCAGCCUAUAUCAUACUAUCGAUGGCAACAAAUUUGAUUUCAUUAUAUGAAUCCAUGGCAAGUCCCAGUUUACAACUAUAGGCAGUCAUAUCAAUGAAAAGGUCCAUAAGAUUAUUCAUGUCAUAGAAAGUAGUUCUCUAAACGAAGAUGCUGUGUGACGGUUUACUGUCGACGAUGGAGAGGGCUGCGAGACGUUGCAGUGUCCGGCCUAAAGGGUCAUACGACCCAAAGGGUUACAGGACAGGUUCCCAAACGCAAACAAAAAAAAGCCAAUGGGAAAACAAUUACUGAGCUUAAAUAGUCUCUUAACACGAAAACAGAACGGGUAUGAGUAGCUAAACUCAUAGAUUUGAACCAGGGGAAGCUAUAACUCAAUAAAGAGAACAACUUGAAAACAAGAUUGUAGUGUUUUAGUUUAACUCCGGUCUCACAGACAAAGCAAGAGACGAAGCUGAUGACAACACAGCAAUGUCCGAGUUUGUCAGACUACAAGCACACGAAAACAAGUGCAAGAGUAUAGUUAAACUCAAUAGACAUUUUAGCACAACACAUUUUGCCAUAAACAAGCCUCAGAAGAAUCCGUUAACGUCAGAGAAUUGCAGCUUCUGCCAAGUAGGUUCUCCCUGAAAAACAGGGUCUUGGCUCCACUGCACCUCAACCAAGUGGAUUAGAUCCUCAUCGGCAACACCAGAAAACGUAGGCAAACAUAAAACCAGACAAUCGGGGAGAUUAAAGCCCACAAAUUUCUUUCAGAAAAAUAGCUAAACGAUUUAUAUAAAGAUUGCCUCAGCAAAAUCCAAAAACUUCAUAGAACUGCAGCUUCUGCCAAGUAGGUUCUCCCUGAAGAACAGGGUCUUGGCUCCACUGCAACUCGGCAAAAUGGAUUGAAUCCUCAACGGCAUCUCUACUUCAAAAAAAUUGUAAGAUAAAGAAAUGCUAGACAUAAAUUCAAUUCAUUAAGCGGCUCAGUAUAAAAUACAGCUCUUUCAAUCAAGAAUUCUCUGAAGCAGAACUGGCGUUAAAGCUGUCGAAUUAUUCAUCACUGCCAAAAUCAGAAUCAAUAACGUAACACAAAAAAAAGUCAAGAUCUUUAGAUCAGAGAAUUGAGAAGAAAUCAGAGAUUUGGCUCAUAUCAAGAAAUUCAACCAUUUUUUUCCGUAUAUGCUUCAUAGACAGAUCUCAGAAGCGCGGAUAAAUCGUGUAAUCACAGCCAAAUUUGCAGAAUUUCCCUGAUUCAAUCCAAACCCACGAACAAAAACAUAGAUUGUGAAAGGUGUAGCCAUUGCUUU